AAAUUAUGAAAGCCUUUACCCUAAUCUAUUAUAUUGUGCCAUAAGAUAAUGACGAUGUUGAAAUACCUAAUGCAUUUGGGUAAUUAGAUCUUUUUAUUUAUAGAAUAGGUAAACAAAUAGAUUAAGUGACCCUUAAAGAUAUUAAGAGUAGUUUUCCACUUUAAGGAGAAUAUAUCUUCAGGUUCAGAUAUAAAACUAGCCAUAAUACAGUAUGGCUUGAUUUACCUACAGAUACAUCACAAAUUCCUUUAUUCAAUAAUCGCAUAUUACUUAAAGCAACAAGGAUUAGUUGGGAAAGUCCAAAUAAUUAAAAUCAAUAAACAUAGGGAUAACAACAAGUGAAUAGUACUGCACAAUAGCAGAGUCAAAAUUAGAGUACUACUUAACAAGUGUUUGCUUAAUUUUAGUAGCCAUAGCAGAAUCAACAACAAGUAUAAAUGCAAUAAUAGUCUUAAAACUAAAAUUUAAUUGAUUUUUGA